CCAUCAAUUUUACUAACUUGUACCUCCCAAACGAGAGCAAUCCUUCACACCACUGAUUCAGAUAGUUUCUCUGUAUGGGGACGUGGCAUCAACAAUGAAGGGAUCAGAGUUGGCGAAACGGUGCCCGUUCAUGUCGAUAUCAAGGGUCCUUCAGAUGAAGUUGCAGACGACUUGCAUGUUCGGGUCUUCACAGAUGAUGGUGUCGAGGUGCCAGUAAAGCAACAGAAUAAAGGAACGCGUUCUUCUUUUAUCUACACACCAACAACGGUUGGAGGACACAGUGUACAUGUGACAAACAAAACCGAACCUAUUGGACAAAGCCCAUAUAAGGUUGAAAUUUGGCCGUCGACAAAGUCUCGAGUGCGCGCUUUCGGACCAGGCUUGGAGGGAGGGGUCGUCGAUCAACUGAGCGUUUUCGGUGUUGAGACCAAUGGUGAUGCUGAUAGAUUGGGUAUGGUCUACAUGAACUUAGAGAACCUCUACGUUUCCAAGGAGAAUAUUCUGACGUUUUCAGCAUUUUCGAUUGAGGGACCAAGUAAAACAGAUAUCGUUUGUCAAGACCAUGGGAAAGGUGCCGCUCUCGUUUCCUACACGCCCAAGGAGCCAGGAAUCUACAAGGUCAAUGUCCUAGCAGGUGGCGAACACAUAGCCGAAUCUCCGUUCGUAUUGAAGGUUGAGCCACCGAUUGCCGGUUUCCACCCAUCGGCAGCACAGCUUACCGGCCUUGAUCAUGAUAUCAGUUUCAUCCCUGGCAAACCAGCGUCAUUCCGAAUUGACACUCGACACACUGGAGCAAGCGAUGAGGCUCCAUCAGUUGAAAUAUUAGAUAAGGAUCUAACUCACGUCCCUCUCAGCGGCUCUCAAAUUGAUCGUGGAAUCUAUGGCUACAGUUUUGUUCCUAAAUCUCCCGGAAAACAUCAUAUCAGCGCCAGCCUAAACGGUGUUGCAAUACCUGGUUCGCCAUUCCCGGUAAGUUAUUGA